AUGCCUAAGGCAAAACGACGUGCUUAUUCUGCUGCAUUUGGCUUUCAAAAACGUUCAAGUUCAUAUUUAUUUGAAGAACCACCCAAGUCUUCCAGCGAAGAUGAAUUUAUUCCGUAUCAAGAACAACGUAAAGACAUUGAGUUCAGCUCGGAGGAAAUUUUAACGAAGGUAAAUGAAAUAAUGGACUUUUGCAAACAUUUAGUAAUUGCAGAUGACAGACAUGAUCUGUUACCGGAAAAUGAUGAUGAAUUGAAGCAGUAUGAUACAUAUGAAAUUCACAGAAUGAUUGAUAGUAAUAGCACUAGAAACGAUUUAGAUCGGUCUCGUACAUUAAAUCAUUUAUUGUUAUCAGUAUCAAUGACAAAUGAUAAACCAGAUUUUCUUCGGAAGAUUCAACAAUUAACUAUUCGUUGUACACAUGAUAAUUAUCUUGUAACAAAUCUACAUAAAAUAUAUUUUGAAAAUGUACAGCGAUUUGUACUAAUAAAUUACAAAGCGGAAAUAAUUGAUGAAGAUAUAUUUAAACUAGUGAUUGCGAUAAUUGAAAACUUUUCACAAUUAAGAUGCAUGGUUAUUAUAUAUGAAAAUAGAGAAUGCAAUAUUACGGUGGAUAAGGAUAAAAUUGAAAAAUUAAUCAUCGAAAAAUGUAUGAUGUUAAGCAAGAAACGUAUUAUUCACUAUGUCGCAAUAAACAAUCGUCGUUUAGAAUGUUGUAUUGAUUGA